UUAAACUUUAAAGAUCUUAUUAUGUCCAUCAGUUUACUGAGUUCUAAUGCUAUUAUCUCAAAAAGUACGACAUGAUUAAUUUGCAUUGCUGUUACUGCAUGCGAGUAAAAGUUGCUGCAGCACAGUUGUGCAGAAUCACCGAUGGACAUCGUAAACGGAUGGGGCUCCUCCCCUGAAGAUGACAAGCCGCCCCUCCCCGUCAAUUUCGACUUCAUGUUGCCCAAGAAAGAGAUCAGCAUGGUUCCGGACAUGGGCAAAUGGAAACGUUCCCAGGCCUAUGCGGAUUACAUGGGGUUCAUCCUGACGCUGAACGAGGGGGUGAAGGGGAAGAAGCUGACCUGUGAAUACUCGGUGUCAGAGACUAUAGAGAAGCUCCUCUCAUUGCUGGACACACUGGACCGCUGGAUCGAUGAGACCCCGCCCGUGGACCAGCCCUCCCGAUUCGGGAACAAGGCCUACAGGACCUGGUACGCCAAGCUGGACCAGGAGGCAGAAGCCCUGGUGGCUGCAGUCAUCCCCGCAGACUGCAGUGCUGCUGCUCCAGAGAUCGCCGUGUAUCUGAAAGAGUCCGUGGGGAACUCCACCAGGAUAGACUACGGCACAGGCCAUGAGGCUGCGUUUGCUGCCUUCCUGUGCUGCCUGUGUAAGAUCGGGGCGCUCCGAGUGCAGGACCAGCUCUCCAUCGUGUUCAAGGUGUUCGACAGGUACCUGAUAGUUAUGAGGAAGCUGCAGAAGACGUACAGGAUGGAGCCGGCCGGGAGCCAGGGGGUCUGGGGGCUCGACGACUUCCAGUUCCUGCCUUUCAUCUGGGGCAGCUCCCAGCUCAUAGAUCACCCGACCCUGGAGCCCCGACACUUCGUGGAGGAGAAGCUGGUGAACGAACACCACGCGGACUACAUGUUCCUGGAGUGCAUCAAGUUCAUUAACGAGAUGAAGACCGGCCCGUUUGCGGAGCAUUCGAACCAGCUGUGGAACAUCAGCGCCGUGCCCACCUGGUCCAAGGUCAACCAGGGACUCGUCCGAAUGUACAAGGCCGAGUGCCUGGAGAAGUUCCCUGUCAUUCAGCACUUCAAGUUUGGCAGCCUGCUCUCCAUUCAACCCGUAAAACCAUGAGAGAGGAAAGGGAGGGGUCGGCACGGGAGCUUGCCCCACCCACUGUGCCCCCAUGCUCCGCCCCCAGGGUACCGACCAUCACCCCUCAUUUAGAUGACCCCCUUUGCCACUUAGAGCUUCGGAAUGCUACGCCCACUCCUUUUUAUUUAUCAACUUUUUUAUGUUUUUGUUUUCUGGGGGGGUGCUCUUCAUUAACUGCACCUUCACAAUUCAUACUGUAUAACACAUGCAUAAGCCCUACACAAGAGAGACGUAACAGCCAUAUGAGGCGUUCGUAAAAUGCCUUUUUACAUGCUUGACAGUGCACUUUGAAGAUGAUGAUAAUCGGUAAAUUUCGGGCUAUUGAAAUAAAGUGCAUUGUGUAAACAUUGUAGUAUUUCACUGGGUGUAUUUGAGACAGUAUACAUUUAAUUCUAGCCAUACGGGAACUGAGUUCCAUGUAGGGCACUCAAACUUUACAGUGUUUUAAAAGUUUUACCAGUCGUGAUUUGCAAUGUGUGAAGCAUGCAAAAACGCACAAGUACUCUAUAUGGUGCUUAUACCGCUCUUUACCGUGCUUAUGAAUAUGCCAUGUAUGAGUUAUGAAGAUACAAUUAAUCUGCCUUACCUUUUUUUUAAAUUAUUAUUAUUCCUUUUGAAAUUUGUACCCAAAUCCUCCAAGACUUUUUUUUAUGUUUGAUGUGUGUGUGGUAGAAGAAGCAGUCGAGCAGUCACAGAAAAACUCCAGUACCGUGUGCAUAUUUAUACCUGUGUCUAUUUAUUGAGUUAGAUAUACAUGUACAGCAGGCUCUACGCGAGGCUGAGAGACGGUAGGAACGGCCUCGCUAGACGAACGCAUCAUAAUGGAGAGAAGAAAAAAAAACGCGGGUGGUGUGGUGUUUCCAUUUGUCUCACGACGUCUCCUGGUGACUAGGACUAGUGUGUCGCACACUUAAAAUGCACUUUUAGAAAUGGGGAGGUAGGGAGUUGGGUCUCCUGUUUGUGAUUUACGCAUUCCCCUACAUCAACCAAGAAUCUGAAGCCUGAUUGCUUCAGUCCCUUACUCUCCUGCAGAGAUUCAAAGAUGCAUUUUGCAUGAAGACUUUAAUCAAGACGGGGCAGGGAGGAGGCGAGCAUUGUAGUUGCAUUAUUAUUGUGAAAGUAAAAACUGUAUUUCAUUUAGUAUUGCCAUUUUUUCAUCAAAUGGAAUGUGACAAUAUUUGAAAUGAUAAUAAACGGUUGCUGAAAAAACCUUAUCCUAGCUAAAAUGAGUAGCUGAAAAUUAGAAACUGCUAUUUAACCGUAAAAAUUGUGGUUGAUGCUUCCGAUUUAUUUUAUGUCUUGAGUCUUCCAGCUGGCUGAUGUGGUGUCUUGGGCCCAAAAACCUGACAGGAUAGGCUGUCGAUGAAAAAAUGCAAGCACCCGACGAAAGCAAAAGUCUAAUGCUUGUUCUAGCGCGUCCUUGAAAGAUUAGCCUGUGGGAGCAGGGACGUAGUCCACAUUUUAUUUUGCCCAAUGCAGAAAUUUGGACACUUGGUGUAACUGUGUAUCCUGUGUAGCCCAUGUCUCACCGUUGACUCGCUCAUCCUCGUGUUUUAACAUUAUUUUUGACUUACCAGAUAUUCUGCUCGUUAAGAGGGUCCUAGCUAGGGGAACUGGAGUUUCGGUGCUAUCUUACAGCACACAGAAUGUCAACUGCCAACGCAUUGUCUUUAGUCAGCCGUAACUCUUAAAUAAUGAGCUGAGUAUCUGGUGUAUCUAUACAAUCUGGAAGCUAGAGUAAAUUCGCUAACGUGAUUGGGCUGGGAAGUGUCCUAUAAUAUAUAUAAUAUGAAUUAUAGCACACCAUUGGACGACCAAGCUAAAAGCGACAGAAGCUAUAGGCUAAAAAAAAAGGCCCGC